AGAGCCAGCCAGAUCUGAGAAGCAGGCAACGAGAUGCUGGGGAGCAGAGCUGUGCUGCUGUUGCUGCUGACCUGGAUUGCUCGGGGCCGUGCUGCGCCUGAGGGCAGCAGCCCUGCUUGGGCUCGGGGCCAGCAGCUCUCACAGCAGCUCUGCAUGCUGGCCUGGAGUGCACAUCAACCAAUGGGACAUGUGGAUCUACCAAGAGAAGAUGAUGAGACUACAAAUCAUGUCCCCCAUAUCCAGUGUGGGGAUGGCUGUGAUCCACAAGGACUCAGGGACAACAGUCAGUCCUGCUUGCAAAGGAUCCACCAAGGCUUGGUUUUUUACGAGAAGCUGCUGGGCUCAGAUAUUUUCACAGGGGAGCCUUCUCUACUCCCCGAUGGCCCUGUGGGCCAGCUUCAUGCCUCCCUACUGGGCCUCAGGGAACUCUUGCAGCCCGAGGGUCACCACUGGGAGACUGAGCAGACUCCAAGCCCCAGUCCCAGCCAGCCAUGGCAGCGUCUCCUUCUCCGCCUCAAGAUCCUUCGCAGCCUCCAGGCCUUUGUGGCUGUAGCUGCCAGGGUCUUUGCCCAUGGAGCAGCAACUCUGAGCCCCUAAGCCAGCAGCUUAAG